GUUGUUAAACAGUAGUCCACUCCAGUGCGCCUCUAUUUCCCAGAGUGCAUCGCUCCUCCUGCAGACGCCAUAUUGCCUUCGCCAAAACGCGCUGGCUGGAUCGGCUCGCACUCACAACUGAAAAUUGUUGCAGUGAUGACUCAGACGGUUCAGACCAACGGGGUUCAGCCCCUCAGUAAGACCUGGGAGCUGAGUCUGUACGAGCUGCAGAGAACGCCUCAGGAGGCCAUCACAGACGGACUGGAGAUCGCCGUGUCGCCCCGGUCUCUGCACAGUGAACUCAUGUGUCCGAUCUGUCUGGACAUGUUAAAGAACACAAUGACCACCAAAGAAUGUCUGCACCGCUUCUGCGCUGAUUGUAUCAUCACAGCUUUGAGAUCUGGAAACAAAGAGUGUCCCACCUGUCGUAAGAAGCUGGUAUCAAAGAGGUCGCUGCGUCCUGACCCAAACUUCGAUGCUCUGAUUAGCAAGAUUUACCCGAGUCGUGACGAGUACGAAGCCCACCAGGAGAGAGUGUUGGCCCGCAUCAGCAAACACAACAACCAGCAGGCUCUGUCCCACAGCAUAGAGGAGGGGCUGAAGAUACAGGCCAUGACCAGACUGCAGCGCGGUAAGAGACACACGGUGGAGAACGGCAGCGGAGCAGAGGACAACGGAGACUCCUCCCACUGUAGCAACGCCUCCGUCCACAGCAACCAGGAGGCCGGUCCCAGCAUCAAACGCACCAAGACGAGCGACGACAGCGGCCUAGACAUGGACAAUGCUGCUGAGAACGGGGGCGGGGACUCUGUCAUCGAUGGUGGCGCCAGCGAGAUCGAGCUGGUGUUCAGGCCACACCCCACCCUGAUGGAGAAGGAUGACGGUCACAACAGUGUGGAGUUCGUCCCACGCUACAUCAAGACGUCAGGUAACGCCACGGUGGAUCACCUGUCGAAGUACCUGGCGGUCAGACUGGCUCUGGAGGAGCUGAGGAGAAACGCAGAGGCCAGUCCUGUGAACGUGGAGGCGGCCUCAGAGAAACAGUACACCAUCUACAUCCCUACUGCUGGAAACCAGUUCACUGUUCUGAACGGUUCGUUCUCUCUGGAGCUGGUCAGUGAGAAGUACUGGAAGGUCAACAAACCCAUGGAGCUCUACUUCGCUCCAACUAAAGAACACAAGUAGACAUAAACAUCUACACACACUCACAUGCAUCACAAUGCACACAUGCACACAUGCACACACACACGCACACAUGCACACAUGCACACAGUGAAAGUACACACAUGGACUCUGCUACAGCUGCACACACAGAAACACGGGAAGAGGAUUGUGUGUGUGAGUGAAGGAGAGGAGAGGUUGGUGAGACCCUCCAAAGGACUCUUGUAAAAAGAAAACCCCUUGUUUUAUAUUCUCUGUAUCUUUCUGUGUCUCUUUCUAUCUUUUCUCUGUAGACGGCAGCAGAUCAGUACAGCAGCUCAGUCACACUCAUGAAGAGCUGCUCACAGUCUCUGAAAUCACGCUCUGCUCACACCCCAAGGAAGACAAACAACAACGUGUUUUACUCUCUGCAGAGGCCGGCCUUUAUGCUCUGUGAUUCUGUCUGCACCCGAGAGACGCUCAACACUCAGAUUCAGACUGUGAGGAGGAGGAGUAUGAGUGUGACGUGUAUGGAAGCCCAGAAAUGCCAUGAUAGUGUAACAGCCGCCUGAAUUAAAAAUAAACAUUGAGAUAUUUAACUUUGAGGACCAUAUGUCCGUACCCGUAUUCAUAGAAGCAGUUUAUCUGGAGGCUGCUGUUUAAAAAGUCCUGAAGGCAGCCGGUCAGAAUAAAACAGAUAGAAUCACUAACUGUAGGAGUCUGAGCUGUUGAAUCUAUCCGUACCACAUUAUUUAAAAUCAAAUCAGUCUUUGAUUCUGCCACGUGUCAUUACCCAGCCCUAACUCUAAACCUGUUCAUUCAGCACAGUCUGUGCACUCUGAAUCAAAUCUCUUAAUCUUGCACAAUUCAAACAUCUCCCAGUGGAGAUCUUUGGAGAGAUUUUAAACACCUAAUGUCUGACAGACCGGUGUCAGAGUAAAUAUCUCCUUGUUCUCCUAAAAGGGGCAGUUAUUGGUCGACUUUCUGGAGCUUUCAUUCUCCCAGAGACGUUCCUCUCAGGUGAAGUCUCACAGUCAGACAGACUGAAGUCACGUUGUGUAUCUGGGCCUGAGUCUUUGCUGUCGGUACAAUGUGUGCUCCCUCUGAGGACCUCUGGACCUCAGAGGGAGCACACUGGAUGUUUCUAAAGAUGAAGCAGACCAAUAGUUUUCAGUUUUUUGAUAAUGUUGAAGUGUUCUCUGAACUUCUGCUCUGUUUUGACUUGUCUGUGUAGUAUUUUCAAAUAAAACCAGAGAUGUGA